AUGGGCCAUUCUGUGAAGGAACAGGUUACACAGACAGUUCUUGGGUCAGAUUCUGACACCGAUCCUAGCAUGGCGAUGUCUAUGGGAUGGGUUCGGGUGAGGAUGGGUUCUGUCAGUGGUAGUGCUAAUUUGACAGGCCAUGCAGAAAAAGUUGGCAUCGAAAACUUCGAACUCCUGAAAGUUCUUGGAACAGGGGCCUAUGGAAAAGUGUUCCUAGUAAGAAAAGUAAGCGGCCAUGAUGCUGGAAAAUUAUAUGCCAUGAAAGUACUGAAGAAAGCAACAAUAGUUCAAAAAGCCAAAACAACUGAGCACACAAGGACAGAACGACAAGUGUUGGAGCACAUUAGGCAAUCACCAUUUUUGGUCACGUUACAUUAUGCCUUCCAGACAGAUACAAAGCUUCAUCUCAUUUUAGACUAUAUAAAUGGAGGAGAAUUAUUUACUCACCUUUCACACAGAGAGAGAUUCUCAGAAAAUGAGGUGCAGAUUUACAUUGGGGAAAUUGUUUUGGCACUUGAACAUCUCCACAAGUUGGGGAUUAUAUAUCGGGAUAUAAAGCUUGAGAAUAUUCUCCUUGAUUCUGACGGACACGUGGUGCUGACAGACUUUGGUCUGAGCAAGGAGUUUCUUACUGAUGAGAAUGAGAGAGCAUAUUCCUUCUGUGGAACAAUAGAAUACAUGGCUCCAGAUAUUGUAAGAGGAGGAGAUACAGGACAUGAUAAGGCUGUUGAUUGGUGGAGUGUUGGUGUUCUUAUGUAUGAAUUAUUAACUGGAGCAUCACCAUUUACAGUUGAUGGAGAGAAGAAUUCCCAAGCAGAGAUCUCUAG